AUGGUUCUUAGAAGUCAUCCCUUCCCCAGGCAAGCGGGGCCCCAAGGGAGAGUCCCGAGGGAGUUAUUAGGCCCUCCUUAUGAAGGCGCAGUCCCCAGCCUUGAGGAAAAGCGCGGGUCGACGGCUGGCCCGGCUGUACUGGCGGGAACACGCGGUCUGGUGGAGCCCCCCAGCCAGCCUCAGCCGGGAGGCCCCCAGACCGACAGCGCUCCCACCGCGCUGGGCCCAGGUGAAGCCAGGGUGGAGGAAGAAGGCCCCAGUUCGCCUCCUCCUCCUCCUCCUCCUCCUCCUCCUCGCACCGCAGAGGCCCGGCCAAUCCCCCGGCCCAGGAAGCGCAGCUUGUGCGAGGUGGCCGAGAGCUCAGAGCCGGAGAUGGACUCGGCCGCCCUCCGGCAGCGCCAGGAAGGGGCGCGAGGGCAGAAGGCCAGGCCCGCUGGCCACAGGGGCACCCUCACUGAGAAGCAGAAGGAGGCUCGCAAACUCCUAGUCUUUCUGCAGCGGCCCGGGGGCUGGGGCGUGGCGGAGGGACGGCGAAAGCCCAGCGCCCCAGCCCCGGAGCUGCCGGCGGCGGUGGCGGCGCUGCGGCGGCGGCUGGACCUGGGCAGCUGCCUGGAGGUGCUGACCUUCGCCCAGCAGCAUGGGGCGCGCGAUCUGGCUCAGGACACGUACGCGGUGAUGAGCGACAACCUGUUGCACGUGCUCGGGGACCCGCACCUGUACCGGCAGCUGGGCUUCGCCGACCGCGAACGCAUCCUGAGUCUGCGGACGGGUCGCGGCCAGGCAAUGCUAGGGGUCCUGACGUUGCCCAGUCUCUACCACGUCAGUCGACCUGGGCUCCCUGGCGCCCGGAGAGGCGAGGAGAGAGACGAGGAGGCCCGGCCCGCAGGCCCGACCCACUUGCAUGUGUUUAACCCUCAAGCGAACUCGUGGCGGCCACUGACGCAAGUGCCUUCGGAGGUCCCUCUGCGGGGCUGCGGCUUGUGCACCAUGUACAACUACCUGUUCCUAGCCGGGGGCAUCCGCGGCUCCGGGGCUCGGGCCGUCUGCUCUAACGAGGUCUUUUGCUACAAUCCUCUGACCGACAUCUGGAGCCAGAUGCGACCCAUGCAGCAGGCUCGAGCUCAGCUCAAGCUGGUGGCCUUGGACGGGCUGCUCUACGCCAUCGGGGGCGAGUGCCUCUACAGCAUGGAACGCUACGACCCCCGCACGGACUCCUGGACCUCGCGAGCGCCCCUCCCUGCAGGCACCUUCCCUGUGGCACAUGAGGCGGUGGCCUGCCGUGGGGACAUUUACGUCACAGGGGGCCAUCUCUUCUACCGCCUGCUCAGGUACAGCCCCGCCAAGGAUGCGUGGGCCGAGUGCCCAUACAGUGCUGGCCACCGCCGUUCCAGCGACAUGGUGGCGUUCGGCGGUUUCCUCUACCGCUUUGAUCUCCUGAGGGGCGUGGGCGCCGCCGUGAUGCGCUACAACACCGUGACCGGCUCGUGGAGCCGCGCCGCCUCCCUGCCUCUGCCGGAGCCCGUACCCCUGCGCUGUGCGGUACUGGGCAGCACCAUCUACUGCCUCAACCACCAGGUCACCGCCACCUUCACCGUCUCUGAUGCCACAGCGCAGUUUGAGGCCAAGGAGCUGCAGCCCUGUCCCGUGGGGAGUAAGGGGGUCCUCUGCCCGUUCGUUCUGACCCUGCCCACCGCAGACCCGCUGCAAACAGAGCUCUGA